AUGUCUUCUUCUUCUUCUUCCACCAAUUCUUCUUCGUCCCCCGAGCCAGUGGAAGGCAGGGAGGGAAGCGCUGGCGGCGUGGGUUUUGAAGCGGCCACGUCCUCCUCCUCCCGCAGCCGCCGCCGCGGCGGAAACGGCGUCUGGCCGGAGCCCUUCGUGGAGGCCCUCGCCUGCCAAGUCGCCAUUGACGCUGCUUCCAACAAUGGCCGCUUAGCUGCUGCUCCGGCACUCGCCAGCCUCUUCCAGGUUUGUUCAACCUGGCGAGCGGUGUCGCGCUCCGAUCUGCUGUGGCUGAACUUGACGGCGAGGAUUUGGGACCGCCGCCGCCUCCUCCGCAACACGUGGAGGGAUGAGUUCAUGUUCUGGCAUCAGACGGCGAACAACUUUCGUCGGGGGAGGUACGUUUAUCGCACGCUCCACUUCGCGCCGCCGAGUGAUGACAAUAACGACGGGCUGUCGUGCCGCCGUCUCGCGCUGUCCGAUCACCACCUCGCGGCGGGGUUUUCCGACGGGACGGUGCGGUUGUUUUACAUCCCGACUAGGCUUCACCUCUCCACGUUCCGCCCGCACCACCGCGACCGCCUCGGCCGGUACUCCAGCGCGGUGUCGGGGAUCAUUUUGACCGACGCCCAGCUCGUGUUCGCGUCCCUUGACGGCGAUAUUCAUGUGGUUGUGAUCGGAGAUGCCGCGCCGCCGCGCCGGGCGAAUCUUGGGGACGUGGUCAACGACGGCGCUUUGGUUGACUUCACCGGUAGUGAGCGUUGGUGGGUUGGGCUCUAUGCAGGUGUUCCAGAGAGGGCAUUUCACAUAUGGAACAGCGAAACAGAAGAGCUUGCUUUCGUGGGCGGAACUCUGACCGAUCCAGAAGCGGUAAUGGGAUGGCACCUACUCACUGAGUUAACCGAGUUGGUCGGGCGAGUGAGGGUGACGGGGCUGGAAACGGCGGUGGCGUGCACCGGCAUGCGCCUCAUCGUCUUCGACCUGCAAAACCACGGCGUCAUCAUCGGGCAAGAAGACCAGUUCCAGUACGGGCUGACGGUGGGCGCGUUCGACGCGCGCGGCGACUCGUUCCUGAUCAUGGACAACCGCGGCGCGGCGAGCGUGCGCCGCGCGGAGGACCUGGAGCAGCGCUGCUGGUUCAACGUGGGCGGCGCCGCGGCCCAGGGCGGCGGCGUUAUGGGGUGCAUGAACGGCGGGUUCGCGAUUAUGUUCGCCGCGUCUAGGGUUAGGGUUUGGGAGAUCGAGCGAGGUGACGGCGUUUACCUGCGCAGCUUGAGGGAGAGAAACUUAGACGUCAACGCCAUGGUCGCCGACGAGCGGCACGUGGCGGCGUGUUCCAGCGACGCCACGAUUCAUUUGUGGGACUUCGGCGGCCGCUAA